AUGCCACGUCAAGGGGAUGAUGAUUUUGUACCAGAAUCGUCAGUGGCCGCGAGGUUAAAGGACCAUGGAAUUGACUUGAGUUCAGACCCCUAUUUGAUGCAUCGCCUUGGCGUAGUGGAGCGAUCAUCAUGUUACUUUAGGAGUUUGAGUCCUAAGAGAGAGGAAAAAGAAGGGACACUGGUGUCACUGGAUAAGGGGAGAUAUGGGUGGCUGGAUCGAGAUGAGAGAUUGCAGGGACUGGUUUGGCCUGUGGACAAGAGGCCUGAUUACCAUGAGAUGAAAACGUAUGAGCUCUGUGAUAAUGUGGUUGGAACUGAUGCUAAGAGUAUUGGUUUGAGGUAUGAAUAUGAAAAUAUUGGCAAAGGAGCUGCUAGGCAUGACUGUGUUGAGACAGAGAGACUCUUGAGGGCCACUGAGCAUGAAAUAUUUAGACAAAAAUCAAUGGCUUUGCAAGAGGAGUCGGGCAGGGGAGGAUUGACACUGGGUUUGGAUUCAGAAUUGAAGUCAAAGUAUGUUGAAGGUGAAAGGAGUUUGCCAUCAGAUUCAAAGCUUCUUGGCUUGGAUAGACUUGAGGUUAAGGGAGCUCAUUAUCCAGACCCUCAUCUUCUGGACAAAUUGACAGCCAUGGAAGAAAUGUAUGGUCGAGGGGAAAGACUUGAGUUUCAUUCAAAAAAUAUUUCAUACCCUGUUGAGUAUACAUCUCAGCCUAAGGAUUUGGUAUGCACUUGUCACAUCAAGGGCAAUGCUACUAGAAUAUCUAGGGGAGAUUACCCCCCAUCAUUCAAAGAUGAUAUGGCUAUGCAGAAAGAUAUUCAUCCUUUGACCUCAGCAAAAUUUGGAAAUCAGUUCUUUUUAAAUGAACACAGAGAGGCGUUCAUUUUUCGUGCUGGAAGACAAGAGGAUGUAAGGAGCUACUAUCAUGAUAGAUGCAGUGCCAGCAGGACCAAUGAUCAGGGAUACAUGUAUCCCAAAACUUGGCCUGAAGAAGAUUAUAAUCAUGGUUACUUGUCCGAGGGGUUAAACAGGAGGAAUUUCCACCAACUAAAUGUCAAUCCAUCAAGAGCUUUGGGUGCAGCUAAGGAAAAUAUUGAUAUUUCUCAAAGAAAUCUGAUUGGCUGCAGUUCCUUGGAUCACUCUUCACAAACUGCUCUGGAGUAUCUUCCUUCUAGCACUUCCCCUGCUAUACUUCGUCAAGAUGAUUUUUAUCGGGAUUCCAGAGAAACUUAUGCUGAGAAGCAGAAUUUUAGAGAAAGAGAGAUACCACCAAAGAUUGAUAAGGAAAAGAUUGAUAUUUCUCAAAGAAAUCUGAUUGGCUGCAGUUCCUUGGAUCAUCACUCUUCACAAACUGCUCUGGAGUAUCUUCCUUCUAGCACGUCCCCUGCUAUACUUCGUCAAGAUAAUUUUUAUCGGGAUUCCAGAGAAACUUAUGGUGAGAAGCAAAAUUUUAGAGAAAGAGAGAUGCCAUGUCUCUGCAUCUCACGAGGAAUAUUGAACCCUGGCAGUGAUAAUGCUGCUGCUUCCAACAUCUAUUUUGAAAAGUGGAGAAAAUCACCGGGAGGUGAAAGCCAGAUGGAAAUACUUGGACAUGGGGUGGGAACAGAGAAAAUGGAAUCAUGUGUGCAUUGCACGAAAAAUGAGUUGGCUAGGUCGUUGAAGAGGAAGUAUAGUUUGGAUAAUGAAAUGAUCAUGCAUAAUUCUAAUGGGAUCAUGCCAAGGAAAUUGACUACUAUGAAGGGAACAAGUGAUGUAUCUGGAGUUCAGGACCAGAAGGAUCAAGAUGCAGCUCCUUUAUUGGAGCAUGGCAUUGAGCAAUGUAGAAAGGUUUGUAAGGUAUAUGAGAAGGAAAAAUUCAAUCCAGUCACUGCAUCUCAUAACUUUCUGUCAUCUCAUAAUCCUAUGGAACAGGGGCAAAAACUGCUUAUCAAUCAAAAUGAACCCUGCAAAAAGCAAAAAGUUCAUCAAGAACCCAGUUCACUCAGCUGGCAUAAUAUGAGCCAACAUAAUACGAAAAAGUCCCUCCCUAAGAAUGUUUGGGUAAGGGGAAACAUUGAUAAACAAAUAGAAGUGCAUGAAAAUAAAGUUAAGGAAUCAAAAAGCACCUUGGUGGAUUCUGCGAAAUCAGUGUUACCUGAGGGUCCCAAUAAGUUUGAUCUACAGGUACAGAAGUUUUUCUUAAUUUUCACCAAAAAAGUGAAUGAAGAUCUGCCUACUCGAAAAAGCUAUAAGGAGAAGGGAAGGGCUGGAGGCUUAAUCUGUCUUGUCUGUGGGAAAAGGCAAUUCAGGGAUGCUCAAUCCUUAGGGGCACAUUGCUUUAUGACACAAAAGCUUGACUUGAAAGCUAAACACUUGGGUCUUCUCAAGGCAGUUUGUGUCCUGAUGGGGUGGAAUACUGUUGUGGGCCCGAAUGUUACAGCAUGGCUACCAGAGCCCAUUUUCAGAUCCAAUGCUUCAGCCCAGAGAGAAGACCUUAUACUUUGGCCACCAACUGUCAUUGUUCACAACUGUACCAAGUCAAGCUAUGGUCCACAAGAGCAACAAGUCAAAACUCUAAGAAAGAUUGAGGAUCUUCUAAGGGGUGAAGGUUUUAGUGUUAGUAAAAUCAAGGUUUGUCUUGGGAAGCCUGCAAAUGGUAGCGUAGUGGUGAUCAAAUUCUUGGCCACCUUUCCCGGCUUAAAAGAUGCAGAGAAGCUCCACGAGUACUUUAUAAAGAAAGGGCAUGGAAGAAAAGAGUUUAAUCAGGCUUGUGAUAAGGACCGAAACAGUAAACAUCAAGAAGGAAGUGAGGGGGCAGACAAACUUAACGAGCUUGUACUGUGCGGAUACAUGGGUAUAGCUGAAGACUUGGAUGAAGUCGAUAAAGAUACGAGUUCAAGAUGUUUGAUCAAGAGCAAGAAAGAGAUUCAUGAUUUUGUGGAUGCUCCUGUUUAUACCUCAAAGCAUCAACUCUCUUAAGCUUAAUGCAAAAUAUGCCAGAUGGCUAUGAGGAGAUCGAGAAUCAAACAUGAAAUUCUACAAAGCCCCACUUAUUUUCCGCCGAUAUUUUGGAAACUAGAACCCCUUUUUUGUCAUAAGAGUUGCAGCUGUUCUAGUUUUUGAUUUGCAAUAGUUCUGGGAGUAGA